AUGAAGCUCUCGCUCGGCUUCCUCGCCCUCUGGUUCGCCGUGGCGCUGGGCCAAGACUUUCCCGAGUGCACGCGGCAGCUCGCAAGAACCGACGACUGCCUCGCCGUCAUCGACUCCAACGCCUGCUACAACCAGUACCGCUUCACCGACGCCCGCACGCUGACAUGCAUUGACGGCAAGGACACUGCCGACAAGGCUAGAAAGGCAUGCUUGUGCUGCAGCUGCGUGAGUCCGUCAAUGUGCGCCUGGGCCAAGAAGCAGAACUACUGCACGGCGCCGAUUGUGGUGCCGACGUUUCCGACGCCCACUGCAGCGCCGGCCUGA